AUGACAUUGCACAAUGUGAAACGACAGGAUCUGGCUGUCGGGUAUUAUAAGCAUAUUCCCGCUCCUGAUACAACCUAUAGUUCGAGCCAAGGCCUGCUCUCACAGUCAAUGCCAAUGUUAGCUCUAUUUUUGAGAAACAAGUUUCUCGCAUGGUUCUCGGUGGUUACUGCGUGGCAUUCCUUUCUAACUAGUGAUCCCAAUGCAUCGUCGUCGGCUACCUCUAGUGGUGAUCUCGGUCCAGUUAUGAAAAUCGUCAUGGGAUUGAUGUCUGUGGUGGUUUGUUAUAUGGGAUUGGUGUUUCCCCAAACUGUGCCUGCAUCGCCUGCAAUGAAGACGGACUAA